CUCAGUUUUGUUAAUCCUGAGCAAGAGAUACUCUCCAGGUGACCCUCCAGGGAAGAUUCAGGCAUACAGAAGAAAGAAACAAGAGAUGGCACACCGAUGCUCUCUGCUAGAGAAUUUUUCUGUGCAUCUCUCGACGACAACUGGGGCAAAGAAAAAGGUUGACCACCAAGAUACUUCAAUAUCGGUGUCACAGGACAGCGGCUACAGUGAUUCUCUAAAGGGAUUCAGCCCAGACUCUCAUAAAAGUGGUAAUUUAUUGGAAACUGUGACCGAAGCGUAUGAAAAUUCCGAAAACAUAGAUCCCACCUUGAUACUGUCUCCAAUAAACCAUGAACUCUCUUGGGGAGCAGACACAAGGGAAUCCAAGCAGCUUGUGCCGAUUUAUGAAACCCCUCGAAUUAGCAAGAAGGAUUUCUCACUUCGUAGAAGGCUGCUCAUUUCUAAAGCCACCUCAGGAGGAAACCUAGAUUUUGAUGCAUCUGCGUGUUCGGCAAAAAGUUAUGGCCGGGAAAAGUCCCUUCGGAGUAUUUCAAGUUAUGAAGGAAGCCUUUCCAAUAGCUUUGCAGAUUCCCCAAGAAACAGCAGCUAUAAGCCAACAGCCACCAGCACUUUAAAGACAGAGCCUGAAUCUGAAACAUCUUGCAAAAAAUGGAGACUAUCUUUUGCUCAACAGAGGAGUUCCACCUUAGAUGAUUCUAAAAGUGACAGUAUUCCUUUACCUGAAGUGGAAAAUAUAUCUCCAGUUCAACAUUCAUUGGCUAGUUCAAAUGACGACCGCAUACCGUAUGAAGAGAAUAUAUUCGGAGCACCAACAACCCCAACUUGUAAUUUAAUUGCCAAAGAAGAGUUCCAGACUCCUAUUAGUAACCUUGCAGCAAGUUUAAGCUUUAAUUUAUGCACUCCUGGUGUUGCCCAUGACAGUGACUUUGAUAUCUCUGUAACUGAGGACAGCGCAUUUCACUCUCUUAGCCUGGAUAAGUCACAGGAUUCAAUCACUGAUCAUGAGGGUUCUUUUCAAGAACUAAUUCAAAAACCCAGGGAAACCCCCAAAGCCGCUCACAAUAAAAGUCGCCUACGCAAAUUAGAUCGUUGUAGGAGAUUAUCCACCCUUCGAGAGCGUGGAUCUCAGUCUGAGGAAGAAGGCAUUGAGGCCCCUCUGUUGAGUUCUUCUUAUAAGUUAAAGGUUGCAAGAGCGUCGGUAACUGAAGAAAAUGAGUUCAGCUCAGAUGAAAGCAGAGUCCAUUCUCUUUUAAGCAGUAAUGAUUUAACAGGAACACCUGCGCUCCGUGUUCUCCAUGAAAUGUUGCUGAGAAGCAACCAGAAAAGGCCCCAACAGGCCACCGUGCAGGAUCUCCUGGGUAGUUCAUGUUGUUUUGAAUUGCCAGUGGAUUCUCUUUCAGGACUUAUUGGCAGGAAAAUGGGUUUAGAGACCAUUGAUAUUUUAGCUGAACUGAAACACAGAAAUUUAAAGCAUAUACUUGCAUCGAUUUUGGCCCAUGUAAACGUGGAAAGUAUUUGCAGUAUGUGUCAAGUUAGCAGAGAUUGGCGUGAUGUUGUUCUCCAAGAUAAGCGCACACAUCAGAGAAAGAAAGCAUACCUAAAAAAUCUGAAAACUGAAGCUGAUCAAGGACGGCAGCUUUCCUUAGAAGACUCUGCAACCAGACUAAACAUUUUAAGCCGAUCAGCUCUAAGAUCUGUUCAGAUUCAAGCUAGGAGUGCAUUUCAGACACCAACCUCUUCCUUCACUCCAGGAGAUAAAAAACCCAUCCAGUCAGCAAGCAAACACCAAGAAUAUCUUAAGGUUGCCAAAACCCUGUUUACGGACGAAGCCUUAAAACCAUGUCCACGGUGCCAGUACCCUGCAAAAUAUCAAGCACUAAAGAAAAGAGGCAAGUGCAGUAGAAAAGACUGUGGGUUUGAUUUCUGCAUUCUUUGUCUGUGCACUUUCCACGGUUCAAAGGAAUGCGGCACUGGAUCAGCAAAGAGGAUACCUAAAAAAGAAGCACUUCCUGGAAGUGCCCAAAGCAAAAGGAAUUUGAAGAGACUUUGAAGUCUGUCUUCCUGCCAGAUUCCUGUUUUAUCAGUUUGUUUUUAAGGGGUUCAUGGUUGGGAGUAUGUAUGAUCAGAAGCUUUAUAAAUGUACAUUUGUUCUGUAGAUUCUGUGGAUCGUUUAAGGAUUGCAAUACAUUCACAUAUUUAAACACUGUGGUGCAAUUUAGGGUGAAAAUUUGGAAUGCAAAGUAUACACUCGGCAACCAUAGCACUUAAUACCAGUAUCUUGCACCCAAAGUGUGUCUAUCUGUGACUGUUUGAAAGCUCCCACAGAUUUUAUGUGUAUAUACAUUAAUUUGUUUAAUGUUGCCAUGUCUCUUGUUUUAUAGUUUGUUUUUUUUUUAUAAAAUGAUAAAAGUAUGUUGUCGUCCUAUUUGCUUUUUUUCCCUGAUGCAUUUUUAAUAAAAUAUUUUAGAAUAAA